GUUUUUUCCGCAAAUAAAAGUGGCGCAGUCGGUAGGAUACCGCAAAGUCCUAUCCAACGUAUAAAAAUAAUAAAACAGAUUUUAUUGUGCGUGAUAGAACUAGGAUUUUAAUCCUUAGUGCGGUAUUCGAAAUAUCCUUUAUAAGAUUAAAGGAUACACAAAUUUUAUGAAGGAAAAAAGUAAAAAGGAUAUUAAGAAAUAUCCCUGUGACUAAAAAAAUAUUAGUGGAACCAGAAAGGAUAUAAAGAUCUAUCCUUUUGGUGAACAUCCUUGUGUCAGAAGGAAACCUAGUGAAAAAAAAAGGAUAUUAAGAAAUAUCCCUGUGACUAAAAAAUAUUAGUGGAACCAGAAAGGAUAUAAAGAUCUAUCCUUUUGGUGAACAUCCUGGUGUCAGAAGGAAACCUAGUGAAAAAAAAAGGAUAUUCCUUCAGUGGAUUAUAAACUUCAAAGAAACAACAACAACAACAACAAAACAAAAUACCAAAAUAAAUAUGUUAAAGAAAUUCGACAGCAACUAUUGGAGCAAUAUUGUAAAGAAAUAACAUUACCAACAAACCAAUAAGUUAAGGAACAGUUCAUGCCGAGAACUGCACCGUGGAAGACCCUACUACUAAGAAGAAAGUGAACCUGCAAUCCUUAGCACCAACAACCAAAUUACAAAAUGAUUAACUGGAUCAUAAUAAUGGUUGCAUUUACUACAGCAACCAAGGCCCAAACCCUCGACAUACAAGACCUAUCAAACAAUAACGGUUACAUUCCAAUCAAGACAGGAGAAACCAAAACCAUUGAACACUAUACCAAGAUAUUACAUAUAAUAAACACCACAGAAUACGAACGAACAUUAGAAACAAUCAAAACUAAUAUUGACAUUUUAAAAACAUCAAAUACCGAAUCAAAAAGGUUACUAGAUACAGUAAACAAAAAUUUUAUGCUAUUAAAGGCAAAAAUAGAAAACCUCAACCCACAUUUUCGAAAGAAACGGGCUCUCUUAAAUAUCCUAGGUAAAGGGUUAAAAAUUAUUGCUGGCACAAUGGACAGCGACGACGAAAAACAAAUUAAUGAGACCUUUCAGCUGCUGCGAGCGAACGAUAACAAUUUAACAGACAAAAUUAAUAACUUAACAUAUAUAAGCAAUAUAAUGAACUCUCAAAUCCAGAAUAUAACCAAUCACAUAAAUUACCAGCAGAACAUCAUUGGAAACUACUUAACGAAACUCAAAAAUAUUAUAGGGAAUAAAAUCUCAACCAUGGAAGAAGAAAUAACCUUUAUAGAACACAUAUACCAGAUCAACAACGAUAUCUCACUUUUACAGCAACAUGUGGAUGACAUCGGACAAAUUAUCUUUUCCAGCAAACUAGGAAUAAUUCCUACAGAUAUUCUUACUCAAACCGAACUUAACCUAAUUACAGACUUUGACAGUUACACCAACAUUAAAGUAACCAUAGCACUCCACGAUAACAACGUUAUCAUAAUUCUUUCCAUUCCACAUUUUUCAAAAGAUCCUCUAUCCAUGGUAACAUUCGUACCAAUCCCUGAUAAGAAUAACAGAUCCAUACAGCUUAAUUAUUCUGACGUACUCAUAGAUCUAGAAAGUAACGUUUACAGUACUUACAUUAAAGAUAACCUAAAAAGAAAUCUAAUUAAAAUCGAAGACAAUUGCUUAAAUAACAUACUAAAAUUCGAAGAAGCUAAUUGUAAAAUGCAACCAUCAAAUAAACAAGAAGUAACCGAAAUCAUUCCGGGAAUACUAAUUCUUAAAAACUUUAACAAUAAAAUAACUCAUAACUGUAACAAAGCCAAACUGAGAAUUACCGGCAACUUUUUGAUCAAAUUCGAAAAUUGUGAAAUAAACACAUUAAAUAAAACUUUUACGAAUAUUAAAAUAAAAAUACACGAUAAAUUUAUCCUACCAAACCUAAUAACAAAAAUUAAAGAAAAUAGUAACACAACUCUAGCCGAUAUAAAAAUUGAAUCAUUAUAUUUAAAACAAAUAGAAUAUGAAGAAACAUUGAAACAAGCAUUGUAUAAAGAUAAGAACACAAAAAUUAUAAGUUUUGGCAUUGAUGUCUCUAUUAUUGUAUCAAUUUGUAUCUUAGUUAUUUUUAUAUACAUCAUUAAGAAUAAGAACACAUACGUAACAAGUGUACAAUUAAAAGAUGAAAAUAUUAUAAACAAUGGAAUAAAAAUAAUAUAGUUUCGUCGGAGCCUCAAACUAGCGGUGGGGGUGUUAUAGUGUCAACUACUAAUUCCCCUCAACGAUAGUGUCUCCCGUUAUUCCCUUAAUGAGAAUCGUUCCACAUUUUAUUAUUUCAAAGAAUUGUUUACCAAAAUAUUUAUAUGCAAAUCCAGCAUUUUAUUAAAUAAAUUUCCAAAGAAUAAAUAUUCGUUAAUACAUUAUUUGUAAGAAUUGUUUAUUAAAAUAUUGAUAUGCAAUCCAGCAUUUUAUUCCAGACAAAUUUCCAAAGAAUUGUUUACUUAAAUAUUAAUAUUAGCUUAAAACUGUAUUUUCUUUUCAGCUGCAUUUCCGACAACGAAAAUGCAGCAAUAAACAGAAUUUUAGUAUAUAAGCCAGUGAAAAAUAAAGAAAGCAAGUUAUAAUUUCAAACCACACCAAACGUCUUUUUUUUUUAGUCAAAGUUUUUUCCGCAAAUAAAAGUAUUUAUCUCCGCUGGGAGGAUUCGCACUGUGGCUGCAGCUGUUAGGUCGAUAGUGCCUGAAUAGUGGUGAUCGGUAUGAUGUCGAGGUUAUUCGGUUUUAAGUAACCUGACUAGAAGAAAGGUUCUGGCACCAGUCGUAAAGUUGAGUCGAUGGCAAUCGGAGUGCAGGUUAGAUUCGGAUUAGGCUCGGCUUGAUACACUCGAUUAGAUGAUACUCGACUUGUUGUAUUUGGCUCUGUUAGGUAGCAGUCGCGUUCAGGCAUGUUCGCUCAGUUGUGGUAUUGGGGUGCUGAAGUCGUGUUGUUGGUGCCGACUCUUGUCGUCAGAACUUUGGUAUUCGGCUCUUUUGGAGGACAGCCGUGUUCAGGUAUGUUUGCUCGGUUGUCGUAUUUGGGUGCUGCCACUCGAUUAGAGUCGUGUUGUUGGUGUUCGGCUCCUGCCUUCGGGACGGUGGUAUUCGGCUGAGUAGUCGGAUGAAAGGCUGUAGCUGAACU